AUGGCAGAUGAGAUCAGCCCGAAUUCAGGGAGGCUCCCCAAGCAGGGGACUGUUAACUCUCUACAUGUGCUCAGCCGCCGCAACCUCAUCGCUGCGACGACCAAAAGCACCGUCUUUGUCUAUCCGUUAAAAGACGGUGAUGCGAGUAAUAUUGGACCGUCAGCUGUAUUUGAUCUUGAAGGACAGGCCUUUGAGCAUAAGAACAUGACUCUGUUGAAUGCGAGAUGGAUGACUGACAAUCUUAUGGCUCUCGGUCUGCAAGGCUGCAAAGAUCCUCUUCGAUAUUUAACAAUCACACCCUCUGGAUUCGCGGUCUCUGCUGCCGCCAAAAAUUCGGCUAUGGAGGAGAAGUUUGCAAUCGACUAUGGCAGGCUCUGUGCCAACUCCUUGGUGCCCGUGACGGGUAGUCACGGCGGUCACAACCUGCUGCUCAGCGCGUGGAGGGAUGGCACAGUGAGACUGCAGGACCUACGGAGUCCGUCACCGUUCGAUCUCGUCUAUUGUGACAACAUCGACCCCUGGUCAGAGUUCGAGACACUGUUAACCUACGGCACCGAGCGAUUCAUCGGGGGAGGCAUUCACGGUGCAACCGUCAAAGUGUUCGACUUCAGGUGGACAAAGGACUACUAUCAUACCUCAGCCAUGCCCUGCGGUGGUGAUAAGCCGUUCCCUCUCCCUCAUCAGCCCUUCGCCACAGCGCCGAAGGAGAAACAACCGACAUUGGCGUGCUGUGAUCAUUUGCAGGGACACCGCUGUCGAUGGCAUGAGCUCUCGCGAGACAUCUUCUACCGCCCGAAUUGCAGCUUCUUUUUCUCAAAAUCCCUGCCUCCCGAAGAGAAGCACGCUGGAGUGUGGUCCCUUGCCAAGGCUUCAGACAUAUCCCCAAACUUUUAUAUUGGCAUCUCGGGCGGUGUAGUCGAGGCAAAUCUCCACAUGGAUGGCACUGAUCCAAACUUGGGCUUUAACAGCCACGAGGGUUUCCCCAGCAAGAAUGUUUCGUAUAAGACAGUCGACCUCAGUGCGUCACUCAUGGAAAUCGGGGACGGGCUGGCCUCGCCGCAGAACGAUAGGAACAUUCGCAUCCCAACUAUGCGCGGGAAAGGCUGGGGCUUGCGAGAGGAGCCGCUACUCGAAAUCGACCUGGCACGACGCAAGCGCCAUCGUCUCGACAUCAAGUAUCAGGUGGCCGAUGACUUCCGUCAAAUAACAGUUGAGGAGUCGCCGUGGUGGCGAACAGAUGCUUUGGAAAUGCCGCCACCACCGAUUAACGGCCGUGGCGUUGUUCGUGAUAUAUAG